AUGGAGGGUCGUGCCACUCAAGCUCAGAUUGGUGCCUACCUUGUUGGUCUCAAACUCACAAAACUCGAUUCAGACCCGGCCAUCGUAGCUGCCUGUGCUGUUGAAAUGAGUAACCAUGGCCUUCCCAUCUCCUUUGAACAACACCCAACUCUUCAGGAACAACUUGUCGAUAUCGUCGGCACCGGCGGCGAUGGUCAUGAUACCUUCAAUGUCAGCACAACUGCUGCAAUUGUCGCUGCAGGCGCAGGAUGCAAAGUUGCCAAGCAUGGGAACAGAGCUGCUUCAUCCGCAUGUGGAUCUGCUGAUAUUUUAGAAAAGAUUGGAUGCAGGAUCGAUAAUGUCCAACCGGACGAUGUAGCUCCAUUGCUUGAUGAUCAUGGAUUCUGUUUUCUCUUCGCCCAAACUUAUCACCCGGCUAUGAAGAACACGAGUCUUCCUAGGAAAGAAUUAGGUGUUCCCUCCAUCUUCAACUUGAUGGGACCCUUGAGUAAUCCGGUAAAACCUAAACGAGUCGUCGUCGGCGUUCACUCUAGAAGUCUGGGUGCUCUUAUGAUCGAAAGCCUAAAACUCAUGGGUCUCAUCUCAGGAAUGGUCGUUUGUGGCGCCAAUGGAUUGGAUGAGAUCAGCCCUGAAUCAGAGACACAUGUCUGGAAGCUGGUAGAUGGUAAAGUCAUUGAGGAGGAUAUCACGCCCGCACAAUUUGGACUUCCUUCACACCCAUUGUCAUCUGUUCGCGGAGGUGGUCCCGUAGAGAAUGCAGCCAUUUUGGAUGAUCUACUCAACAACAAGUUCAAGUCUCCCGGACAUCCAAUUUUGGACUUUGUCCUGCUGAACGCUGCUGCUCUUUUGGUAGUUGCAGGCAAGACUGACAAUUUUGAGGAUGCUGUUAUCCUUGCAAGACAAAGUGUUGAAAGUGGCAGGGCUCGCGCAGUCCUGGAAGGGUUCAGGCGCGACAUCCAAUAA